AUGGACAAGCUCAAGGCUCUCUUCAGGCGCAAGAAGGAUAAGGAGAGCAGCGCUGCUGCUACCAAGACAGAUACCAAUGGUGCUGCUGCCACUGCGAAGCCGACAACUACAGACACCGCCGCCGCGCCCUCUUCCAGCGAGGCGGCCGCUCCUCCUGCCCCCACCGGUACGACUGAUGCUCCAGCGGCUACUGAUAAGCCAGCCGAUCCAGUUCCGGCCAACACUCCCGCUGCAACGUAG